UUAGAAGAGCAUAUUCUCCACCACACCGCCUGAGAACUCAAUAGAGAGGUUAAAGCGACGGAAUUUCAUCCGUCCGCCUUGGCAUAGCUCGUGCUUUGUCUUGGCCCUCCGUUUCACAAACCAUCACCUUCUCCGAUCGUAUAUAUAUACACACGGUUCAGCAAUAUAUAGCAACAUGGUUGGAAAGGCUUCAAAGGCUGAGAAGAAGAUCUCUUAUGAUGCUAAGCUCUGUCAACUUCUCGAUGAGUAUACUCAAGUUCUUGUGGUUGCGGCUGAUAAUGUUGGGUCUAAUCAACUCCAGUCAAUCCGUCAUGGUCUCAGGGGUGAUUCUGUUAUCCUCAUGGGGAAAAAUACUAUGAUGAAGCGAUCCAUCAGGAUUCAUGCCGAGAAGACCGGAAACAAGGCUUUUCUCAAUCUCGUCACGCUUCUUAUUGGGAAUGUUGGGUUGAUUUUCACCAAGGGUGAUCUGAAGGAAGUCAGCGAGGAAGUUGCUAAGUACAAGGUCGGAGCUCCUGCACGUGUGGGCUUAGUGGCACCGGUGGAUGUGGUUGUUCCUCCAGGCAACACCGGUCUAGACCCUUCUCAGACCUCUUUCUUCCAGGUCCUCAACAUACCCACCAAGAUUAACAAGGGUACAGUUGAAAUCAUCACCCCAGUUGAGCUCAUAAAAAAGGGUGAUAAAGUGGGCUCUUCUGAAGCAGCCCUGUUAGCAAAACUCGGCAUCAGACCAUUCUCUUAUGGUCUCGUUGUUCUAUCUGUUUAUGAAAACGGUGCAGUUUUCAGCCCAGAGGUUCUUGAUCUGACAGAAGAUGAUCUUGUUGAAAAGUUUGCCAUGGGAGUAUCCAUGGUUACUUCUUUAGCAUUAGCUAUACAUUAUCCAACCAUAGCUGCUGCUCCUCACGUGCUCAUCAAUGGCUACAAGAAUGCUCUGGCAGUUGCUGUGGAGACUAGUUACUCUUUUCCUUUGGCAGACAAAGUUAAGGAGUACCUUGAGGAUCCAAGCAAGUUUGUGGUUGCUGCACCAGUUGCUGUUACAGGUGGAUCUGGACCGGGUGUUGCUGAAGAUGUUGCAGUUGAAGAGAAGAAGGAUGAGGCUGCAGAAGAAUCUGAUGAUGAUAUGGGGUUUGGCUUGUUCGAUUAAGUUGCGGGUUUUGUUAUAAGGAUCUUUUGUUUAGUUAAUGAAACUUAUUGUUAUCUAGAGUUUUGGAUUUUGUUUCUUUAUUUUAUUAAGAUUUUUGUGUUUGGUUUAUAUGUGCCCUAAUCGUUUUGGGAGUACUUUCACGUUACUAUUAUAAUUAAAGCCUGGACCGUGGUUCAUUUUUGACAAUAA